AUCAUGAAGAAUGUGAUGUGGCCAUUGUCCACAAUUGAAGGAGCGCUGUGAUCGUCUGACGUCUCGUUUCGUUUCGUCGUUUUGUGAACUCAGACAUUGGUGGUUUCUGUUGAGUAGUGAAUUCGGAAAAUUGUGAUUAAUUAUUGGGAGUUUCAGAUAAAAAAUGGCCAACCGUGGCGGGGCUCAGAGGCCUAAUGGGACACCUCAAGGCAAGAUAUGUCAAUUCAAGUUGGUGCUGUUGGGAGAAUCAGCUGUGGGAAAGUCAAGCUUGGUCCUCAGGUUUGUCAAGGGACAGUUCCACGAGUACCAGGAGAGUACGAUAGGAGCGGCAUUCCUCACGCAGACAGUGUGUCUAGACGACAUGACAGUCAAGUUUGAGAUCUGGGACACGGCUGGGCAGGAGCGAUACCACAGUCUUGCGCCCAUGUACUACAGAGGUGCACAAGCAGCUAUAGUAGUGUACGACAUUACCAAUCCUGACACAUUCGGCCGAGCCAAGACCUGGGUGAAGGAGUUGCAGCGACAAGCGUCCCCCAACAUUGUGAUUGCGUUGGCCGGCAACAAAGCGGACCUAGCCAACAAACGGAGUGUCGAGUUUGACGAAGCUCAGGCGUACGCCCACGAGAACGGCCUGCUCUUCAUGGAGACAUCGGCAAAAACUGCCAUGAACGUCAAUGACAUAUUUCUGGCAAUCGCGAAAAAGCUACCUAAGAAUGAACAAGCAGGUGGUGGAGGUAGCAGUGGUCAAGGUCGACGGCUGGUCGAGUCAGAAGCAACACAGAAAGCCCCGGGCAGCUGCUGCAAAUGAUCACUCCCUGUACAGCCCGGACUACUGAGUCGCCUGCUCCUCCAUGCGUAGCCGGUGGAGCGCUGCUGACGAGCUGUUAGUGGGAGAAGUGAUCAGUGUUGCGGACUCGAACCUCUGGUGAUAGGGCGCAUUCAUUUUCUGUAUAUAUCUUUCACUUUUACCUUGCAUAUUAUUUAUUAGAUACCCUCAUAGAUAUAUUAAUUCGACAGUAAAUUCCUUUGUCGUAUCGACCGUUGAGAGUUUGUUGGAAAACUCCUUUCCACCUCUAAGAAAAAUCGGCAGUGUCCGCUUUGAUGUUCCAAGUGUCAAACACGAGUCGGCUCCAAGCCAAUCUGCAUUUUAAUACAGAUAGUUAGUUAUUAAUUAUUUAGAAUUCCUUUAUUUUCUGUUACGAUCGGUUUUAUAUGAUUUGUAUAAACUCGUUUAGAAUUUUAGUAGACGUUGUGUUGAAUAUAUUUUGUACAAUCGCUGUGGUGAGAUGGAAGCGUUGCGACCGUAGGACCAAAGCAUACACUGGACUGCCCGUUGACUUUCCGAAUGUGGUAUAUAUAAAUAUUGAAUAUUGUAUUGUUGUUUUACACUGUCGAUAAUAGUAAUAUUGAUAUAAUAUUGAUUUAUAGAUGUAUUAACAUUUCCUAAAUAAAUCUGUGUACUUUUAUUCUUUUAAUAUUACUUAACCGUUGAAUUGAGAAAAUAUUUUGUGGUUAUACAUAUAACAUAUGUUGUUAUUAUGCUUAAAGUAAAUGAGAUAUAUAAAUAUAUAUGCCGGUUUUGAUUCGGCUCUUGUAAUAUAUUGAUUGGCUUGUCUUGCUUUCUGUAUGCACGACAUUUAUCAUAUUGUACAGGAUAACAAGUAAUAAAGAAUCAUUGAGUAUAAA